CCGUUGAGGAAUACCGCGCGGGGGGCUAUCAUCCAGUGCACCUGGGCGACGUCUUCCACGAACGUAUGGCUCGCAAGAGACCAAAGGCUACAAAAAGACGUCACCUUGAAAAUUGUCAAAGCAGACGCCUCGAAGACUAGCAUAGAGUUUUCUAUCCUGCUUCAUCUAUCAAAACCAGAAAUAUCUCAUCCCGGGAAAGAUUAUAUCAUCAAUCUGGCCGAAUGGUCUUCAUCUUGUGCUCGUCUUCCCGGCUAUGCUAUCCGACGCCCUGUCCGUUGGCUCCCUGGAGUUGAGAUUGACCAGAGUGCUCCCAAGUAUCUGAUGGUCUCUCAACGCCUUUAUGGUCUGCUGGACGAUGCCGACAUUUCCACAUUGCUUGUCAAAAUUUGUGACUUAGGUGGAGCCGUCCGCAAUGGCGACAAUUCCUCUGUUCCCGUCACUCCUUUGGGCUUGCGGGCCCCUGGGCUGGUCGAGAAUCUUCCUUGGGAUUUCAAAAUCGAUGUCUGGUCUCUAGGUUGCUUGAUAUAUUUUGUUAAUAUUCACUAG